ACAUUUCCACAUCCAUUUUCACACAAAACCCAAAACAAAAAAAAGUUUUUUUUUUUUUGUAAAAGAGCAUAGCCAUGAAUUCUUCUCUUUUAACUCCAUCGUCUUCAUCAUCUUCUCACAUCCAAACUCCGGCGAACUUCGACCACGACGACUUCCUCGACCACAUCUUCUCCUCCGCUGCUCCUUGGCCCUCCGUCGCCGACGACGACGGCAGCGUUCCUCUGCCGUCCUCUGAUGUCCAGCAGCAGCAGCAGCAGAUCAUGAUGAUGCCUUUGCCCUCUCUGUCCAACGACGUCGUUGACGGCUCUGUCCAAGCUCUCUACAAUGGCUUCUCCGGAUCUCUCCCUUUCCAUCUCCCUCAGGGGCCGGGGGGUGGGAUGAUGAACCAAGGGCAAGGCCAAGCUCCGGAGACGGCGGCGCCGCAGAAAAGCGCGUCGGCGACCACCGCUACCAUCGGAGGCACUAAGUCUAUCGGUCCGAAGCCCAAAGUCAGAGCUGGGAGAGGAAAAGCCACUGAUCCACACAGUAUCGCCGAACGGUUACGGAGAGAGAGAAUAGCGGAGAGGAUGAAAGCUCUUCAGGAACUUGUCCCUAACGGCAACAAGACAGAUAAGGCAUCCAUGCUCGAUGAGAUUAUCGAUUAUGUCAAGUUCUUACAGCUCCAAGUCAAGGUACUCAGCAUGAGCAGGCUGGGUGGUGCUGCUUCUGUGCCUUCUCAUAUCUCUGAGGGUUCCGGCGGAGAAAGGGCUCCGCCCGGCGGCUCCACGGCGGCGAACUCCGGCGGCAGAGACAGCCUGACGAUGACGGAACACCAAGUGGCAAAACUCAUGGAGGAAGACAUGGGCUCUGCCAUGCAAUACCUCCAAGGCAAAGGUCUCUGCCUCAUGCCCAUCUCCUUAGCCACCGCCAUUUCCACCGCCACGUGCCACUCCCGCAACCCACUUCUCACCGGCGAAGGUGGUGGACCCUCCUCCCCCAACGUCUCCGUCAUGACCGUGCAGUCCACGAACACUACGGCGCCGGCGAUGGGUAACGGUAACGGCGUGGGUGAGGGGUCGUCAUCGUCUGCCGUUAAAGACACUCCCUCCGUUACGAAGCCGUGAUAACGGCCGUUUGUGGUUUCGGUUUAGGAAAGAAAAAAAAAAAGACAAUGAA